AUGUGGACCAAUAUUAAAAAUAUAUGUAUGGAGUUAGGACAAGUUUUAAACAUUAACAUCAUCCAUCUCGAUUUUGAGAUAGCUGCUCAUAAUGCUGUAAAAAAAACAUUUACUGGUGUAACGGUUAAAGGUUGUAGAUUCCAUUUUGGUCAAGCUUUAUGGCAAAAAAUCCAAUCAAAUACUUACCUUAGGCGGUCAUAUAAUGAAAAUCAAAACGAAACAGGUCAAUGGCUAAAAAUGUUUAUUGGAUUGCCAUUUUUACCAGUACAAGAAGUCGCUGAGGCAUUCGUUGAUCUAAUGUCCAUAUGUCCACCACAAGAUGCAUGUAUUAACUUUGGAGACUACAUUUUAGAUAACUACAUCGAAGGACAGUUCUCACCGGAAAUUUGGAUCCAUCCAAUCAUAAAUGAAAUAACUACAAGGACUACAAACGGAGCUGAAAAAUUUCACCGAGGUUUUAACUCUGAAUUUUACUCUCCGAAUCCGUCUGUAUUUAAAGUUAUUGAUGUUUUAAGAAAUAUUCAUAUCGAUACACUAGCACUUAUGAACCAAUAUCUCAAAGGAAUUCCAAAUAUUGUCCGUACAAUUGAAAAACAAAAACAAGAAUAUUUGUUUAAUUGUUGGGAAGCAUUUUUAAAGGAUGGAGAUCGUUUAACAUUUCUCAAAAACGUAGGAAAUCGUUUUCAACCAAAAAAUUUGUAA